UUUUGCCGGAAUAUUUAGUUCACUUUCGUUUCACUACUUGACUGAGAAACCAAUUCCAGUGCUCAACGGAAUUCAAAAAUGCCAGAGAAAUCGAACGCGAAAGCAAAUCCAAUUGGAAGCAACGAGGUCUUGAUGACAGAGGAUCCUGAGCAGUCGAGUGGAUCGAAGGAGGGUUCGCAGUCCUCAGAGGCUGAGGAAGAACACAUCAGCGAAGCGUUUCAGCGCCUCGAGGAAAAAUUAAAUGACAUGGAAAGGCGGAUUGCCCACGCGAGGAAAGUUAAAAGGCGUUUAUUCGUUCGCCUCUUAUGUUUAAUCCUCGAUCUACUACAAGCAAAGCUAUAUUUGCAGUACACGUAGUAUAUGCGAUUUCUGUUAAUCUAUUCGCAAAAUAUCAAUGUAUUAUCAAAUGGUCUAAGUG